AUGGUAAGUAUAGAAUACGUUAUCAACGGUGACAUCAAGGAGCUCGCAAGUAUAAGAGCAGUUGCUGGUAAAGAUACCGCUUCUGCGCCACCUACAGAAAUUAUUUUGGGCGAAGGAUUAAGAGUGGAAAGGGUCCUUUCAGGACCAAGUUGCGAUGAAUCAUUCAUAGGUGGGGGUGGGGGAUUAGAGAGAUAUACUAUAUCAUCAUCUUUCUUUGGCACUAACUCUCGGAGACGAGAAUUUUCCUCUAUUAAAUUUAAUCGCGCCGAAGACAAAACAUCUAUUUCCCGUUUGAAUAUGCUAUUUGACGACUCUAUCUAUUUCAUGUUUUUUUUUGAAUUUAAAUCCUCCUUUGCCCGUUCCAAUUCAAGCCUGAGAGAAUCGAUCUCUUUGGGAUCAGAUGAGUUUAUUUGGGCCGGCUCCUCUAGUAGCCCUCCUACUACAUUCGAAUCAUGGAACUCCUGA